AUGUGUUUCAUGGAGACUAGAGUUAGGAGCUGUAAUGUCUCCAAUGUGGUUGAUGCUUUUGUUGAUGAGUGGAACUUUGAGGCUAACUAUCAGUAUAUUGAAGCUCUAUCCAUUAAGGGUGAUAUUUCUGGUCACAGAGUUGUUAUUACUGCUAUUUAUAGUAGUAAUAACAGUCAGUCUAGAAGAGGACUUUGGGAUUAUCUAAGAAGUCUGGAGAGUGAGAUUGGCCAUUAUUCAUGGGUGUUGGGUGGUGACUUCAACGUUAUUGUUGAUGCCCAAGAAAGUUCUGACUAUGAUUUGGGUUCACACUCUUCAGCUGAUAUAGAAGAGUUCAAGGACUGCCUGGAGGAUCUGGAGGUGCAGGAUCAUCAUUUUGUAGGGCCUCUCUUUACCUGGUCUAACAAACAGGAUGAGACCUAUUUGGCUAGGAAGUUGGACAGGAUCCUCACUAAUUCCCAGUGGUUGCUGGAUUUUUCAGAUUCGUAUAUUGAGUUCAAGGCCCCUGGGGCUUUUGACCAUUGCCUUGGGUUAAUUUGGACUCAGAAAGAGGCUCAAUUCCAUAGACCUAAGCAUUUCAAAUUUUUCAACUGCUGGACUGCAAAUGAAAACUUCUUGAGCAGUGUGAGGGAAUCUUGGUCUAUGCAUUCUGAGGGCAAUGCAAUGCAGGUCCUGUUUAACAAAAUGAAAAGACUGAAGCCUGUUCUGAAGGAGUUAAACAGGAAUCAUUUCUAUGAUAUAUCUGCUAGGGUAAUUGCUAAGAAGGCAGAACUGGAGUUUGUUCAACUCUCUAUCCUAUCUGGUGCUAGCCAUUUUGGGGUGGAAGAGGAAAUAAGGUCCAUGCUGAAUUAG